AUGGCCGACUUUCAAUCCUUCUCCAUCUACACCGCAGCACCCUCCGCAACAGAGCUCGUUAACCGUCCAGAUAAGACCUUUGCCGUCAAAGGCCAAGCCGAGUUCCUCGCGGUCGCUAUCGCUUUAGAUGUGCCCAUCCUCAGCGCCAACAACAAUGUCAUUGCGAGCAUGAACACGCUCGCAGCGGGCGCUGGCGCCUCGUUUGCAGUCUUUGCCUCUUCCGAAGAGAUGAAUUUGAAUCCUGAAGAAGAUUUUCUGAAUCCCUCCCAACAGGUGCAGAAGUCGUUUAAUGAGGCCAAGUCGGGGAACAAGUUUCAGCGCUAUGUCACCAAGAAGAUUGUCACGGCGCAGGGAUUCGCGAGCGAUGAUUCUCGACAACUCGCCGCUGUCAUUAACGAGAUACGAAUACUUUCUGAUGAGACAAUCCGACAAUGCGACUUCAUCGUAUCCAUGCUGGCUGUUUCGUGGAGCGAGUCUCCUAGCCUUGGACGAUUCUGGCCUCAAGUUCUACUCGAAGCCGCAGACGAGGGCACUCUAGCGGAGUAUUUAUCUGCUGUAGACAUUGACUUCAGGAAUCAGCUUGCCAUAACCAUGGAGAUUGGGCGCGGCCUUCAGUUCCUCCACUCCCAAGGCAUCGUCCACGCCGACCUAAAACCAACAAACGUCCUCGUCUUCAGCAACGGCUUCAGACAAGAGCAGCAGGAACUGUCAGGAAAGCUCGGCAUAACCACAGUUCGCGCAAAGCUUUGCGACUUUGGAUACGCAGUCAUCAUCGAUGACUACAAGUCCGAGAAAUUAUUUCAAGCGAGGAUCGGUAGCUACCCUUGGAUGGCGCCUGAGCUUGAUGCCGAGGAGACUAUCGAGUUGGAGAACCUUCACAAGACCGAUAUUUACUCUCUUGGAUUGCUUGCUGCUAGCAUUUUCAUGAAUGGCAGCUUACCCUUUGAGGGGAUCACACCGGAUGAGGUCUCUGACAUCAAGUCAAGGUUGAAGGAACAUCCGGAUACGGCUGUUGCAACGGUGAUGAAGAAUAUCAAGAGCAAAGCCUCACUUGACGAGUAUCAAGAGGAGUAUAUACAAGUAUUCCUCUCAGGGACAUGCGUGCCCUACCAGGCUGACAGAGUGUCGCUGUCUGCGAUUCAAAGCUAUCUGUUUCUGGGCAUGAUGCAACAACUUGGAAAGGGCAAACCGGCGAUACCCCUGGAGUGGUUCCCCGACCUACGCGAGGCGGGAGAGAGCUAUCAUGAUGCUCUACAAGCGCUCGAGAGGAAGCAUUCAAAGUCGGCACAGGGAGAGACCGAGGAAGAUCCCAAUGUGCCGCAAAUACUACUCGAUCUUCGAAGAAUGCGCGACGAAGUCAUUUCCAUUCAGAUAGGCGACCCCGAGUUCGAAGAGACUCUUGCAAACGCAUUCCAGGACCACAGCCUGAAACCAGCAAAGGUCCGAAAGUUUAGGAAGGCUUGGAAGACUGACGACGACUUUGAGGAGAGUAAAGACUUUUUUGAUCGGAUGGAUGAAGUUUUCGACCGAGCUAUUCUUAAAACACCCGAUUUUGCGUUUGAGCACACUUUGACUGCCGCUUUGAUGCCUCGCGUAGCUCAAAAGGAAGUCAUCGAGGAUCUCAAGGCAACGUGUGACUCCGACUACAUCGAGGAUCCGGUCGCGCCAUUCCAUCUGGCUGGUGCGUAUUUCAACGGCCAGGUGGUUGAUCCAUCCAUUGAGGAAGGUCUUAAGUACCUCGCAACUUCAGCCGUGAUGAAGAGCCCGGAGGCUGUCUCGUUGAUUCUGAAUGUCUUUGAUGCUUGCGAGGCUUCUUUACCCGAAGACAUUCGAGCUGACUUGCUAGCAACGAUCAAGACUUACGGGACGACGACAUUUAGCGGUGCACAGGCAACUCUCUUUGAUCACCCUGUCCCCAGACAGAUUGAGCACCACACCGUUCUUGGAAACAUCUGGUCCAAGCGAUGGCCUGAAGAGUACGAAAAGUGGCUGACCACUGAUCGGAGGAUCCUCAAUACCGUGUUUCCCGCCAACAAUAACCCGCUGUACUUGAGAGCCGAGCCAAAGACUGUAGAGCCAGAGUUUGACUUUGACCAGUUGACGACUUUCAAGAUGGGCGGUCCUGACAAACUUGAUCCUUCAAAGAGACUGGAGUUUAUUGAAGAAGUUACUCUGUUCGGAUGUCUUGAAGCUUGCAGUGACUACGGCUUCACGCUGUUGCAAGUUGCUGUUGUCAAGGGCGAUCUUGAAAUGGUCAAGAUUCUUGUCCUCGAGCUUGGUGCUUCUAUCAACGCACACGGGAACACCUACCGCUGGACUCCGUUACUACUUGCCUGCCAAUGUGGCUACUUCACAAUGGCCAAGUGGCUGGUCGAGCACGGUGCAGAUCCCACGAUUCGAGAAGAGCUCAGUGGGGCAACGAUUCUUCACUCUUUGCACCGGUUCUCUAACCGUCAAGAGUGUGAGGAGAUCCUCGACAUUGCUCUUUCUGCAGACAUCGACAUAAACGCCCCUCUCAAGAAUGGACUCACGCCGCUUCAUGCUACAUUCUCGGGCUGGGACUACUCCGCAGGAACAGCUGCGAGACUUCUCCUCGAGUAUGGCGCAGAUCCAACAAGACAGGCAGAAGAGUGGGAUGGGCACUUUGGAUUUGUGACUCCCAUCACCCUAGCCGCCAAGGUGCUCGACGUUGACUUGUUACUUGAGAUGAUAUCGGCAGCAGAGUCCUUCAUCUCCAUUGCUGGUCUAUCCGCACGUCGUCAACUCAGCCAUGCCAAAGCACAAGCAUUCUCCGCCCUGACAACAAGAACUCGGUUCUACUACAUGGCGACUGCGGGGAGUGGCUACAUGAACAAGCUUGAGGCCACCAUCUCCCUCCUGGCAGAUAAAGACAUGCGAGACAUUGUAGAUGAGCGACGCCCCGAGGAUGAACGGGUGGCGGACACUUGCUUGGCAAUGUCGAUUCACAAGGCUCGAGGAUUUUUCAUCGAGGCGCUUUUGAACGUCUUUCCUGACACGAAGGUUGAUGCUCCAUUUGAAGGAUUAUCACGAACAUUUCUGCAGAUUGCCAUUGAACGACGAAGCAUCGAAGCUAUGCGAUGUUUGAUACAACAUGGCGCAAAUCUUCUUGCCAAGGACAUACGAGGUCGAAAUGCACUUCAAGUGGCAGCUCACUACUUUCCGGCUGUACUUCCAGAGUUGGUCAACCUCGUGGAGGGGUUGCCACUUGAGAAACGGGGAGGCAAAAGCAUUAAGGAGAUUCUGGAGAAUCAAGACAAUUCUGGUCACACACUUUUUGCUCAGCUUCUCCUCGAAGGGUACGAUGAGGAAAGGCAGCUUGCAGAGUCUGUUCGCGUAAAGUACGGUCUGCAACACGAUUACAAGAUGGGAGGGGAUGGUGACAAGUGGACGACCCUUGUCGGGUACAUGGUUUCGGCUGCUGCUGCCGAUGGUCUCAUCCCGAUCGAGCAUGUGCAGUACUUGCUUGACUUGGAUCCAGCACCGGAGUAUGUCUGUGACUCUGAGGGUAGAACGCUGCUUUCUUUGGUAGUCCAAGGGUUCUCGGGAUCGCGAAACUUGUACGACCUCCCCUGUCAUCAGAUCACAGCAAUGCUACUGCAGAAAUAUCCUGAUUACGAUACCAUUUUUACCCGCUCCAAGACACAACGCACUGUUCUUCACGUUGCUGCCUACUGGUCCAACAAAACGGCUCUCCAGAUGAUCAAAGACCACGUCCAGCGCAACCACCCCGGAAAGCCAGUACCAUGGAACCUCAUCGAAGGGGGGAACACAGUCCUUGACUUUGCGUCACUAGGCGUCAGAGAAAAGGCCCUCCCGGCACUUGGUCCUGAGGGGAACAAGGUGGCCACCAGAUCGACGAAGAAGGCGGCUUUGGAGUGCUACAAGUUCUUGAGGGAGAAUGGGGCGUUGCACAACUGGGAGUUGCAGGGCACUAUGGUAGCGGCACGGCUGCUCAUCUACAAGGUGGACUUUGUCAAGACUGGCCUCUUUAUGCGAGUGGCGACAGAACGGCUUGGCCUUGGAGCACCAGAAAUGGAUCUAGAUGGAGUCAUCGAAGUCGCCGACACAUGCAGCCCAGGUGCUAGGCUUAUCCGCCUCCCAGUAGUUCAACUAGCCUGGCGAUACAACAACUUCUUCCUCAGAUUCUACUCUAUCCGUGUAUCUUCUCUAGCCAUGGAAGGUUUCGAGCAGUUCCGCGCUUGGUUUGAGAAGCGGAUGACCAAGGACGAUCCCCGAUUCUACGAGAGCCUCGACCUGCCCCCAGGACUAUACCCGUACAAGACUCUUAGCUAUAAGCAUUCUGUGCCUCACACCAAUGAGACAGUUGAGUGGACCCGAACUGGGCGCAUCUGGACUGAAGAGGAGUGUGAUGAAUUACGAGCAAGGUUUUCGGCGUUGUGGGAUGUGUUUUUUGGAGAGAAUGAGCGGGAAUUUCUUGAGAAGCUAGCUGAAUGA